GAAAGGCAAAUAUGGAGUAAUGCUGAAUUGAUAACUGGAAGUGAUGAUGCAGUAGAAUCGGUGGCAAGUUUAAUUCCAGUUGAUACAAACAUAAAUCAACAAUUGAAAACAUGUAAAUCGUUCGGUACACAUUACCGAGAAGCAAUCCAUGGUCCACAUGCCAGUUUCCGACUCAGAGUGCUUCAGGAACAACGUAUGCAAUCGAAUUUCAUGCCAAAAGGAAGUUGUAAACGGCAACAAAAAUUAGACGAAUUAAAGAAAGACGACUUGAGCAAAUUCAAAUUCGGAACAUAUACCAUACAAAAUGAAAAUGAAACAUUUGGCGAUGCAAAUAAUAAUGAAAAAAAACUAGGCCUUGACAAAUUAAUUAAUGAAUUCAUUUAUGGAAAAAAAACAGUAACAAAAGCAAUUGGGAUGAUAAAUUAA